ACUACACCGAGUUCGCUGGUUUCAUGCGCAUUCACAUGCGUGGCAUCCGUCUCUGGGGUGUUCUUUCUGGCGAGGUCUGCUGUCCGCCACGACCGGUUCCUCCGGUGGCCCCUACUCCGCCGACUCCACUGGUUCUUCCUCCGGAUGCUAAUCAGGCCGCCAAGGAUGCGGCUAAGGCUGCUGAUCGUGCCUAUGAUGAGAGGGCUCUGGCUUAUGAGGAGGCUCUUCAGACGUAUCAUGGUGCUUUGUCUGUUUACACCCAGUGGCUUGAUGAUGAUGCUCGUGCUGCCGCUGUUCUCACUGCUAGUGUUCUGCCUCAGUUUGCUUCUGAGUUUCUGGGUCUUCCUACUGUCUUCCAGAUGUGGACCUGUCUUCGUCAGCGCUAUGAGCCCUUUGGUGAUGCCUUAUACCUGUCUGUGGUUCGUCAGGAGCAUGCUCUUCAGCAGGGUGACUCUACUGUUGAUGACUUUUAUGCACAGAGUUCUGCUAUCUGGCGCCAGCUUGAUUCUCUCCGCAGUGCUGGUUGUCGUACUUGCCCCUGCUGCCAGGCUGUCCAGGCCGAUUUGGAGUUUCAUCGCGUCUACGAGUUCCUGUCUCGGCUCCGUAAGGAGUUUGAGCCUCGGCGUGCUCAGUUGCUUGCUCGUGGCCGUAUUUCUCUCAUGGAGGCGCUUUCGGAGAUUCGUGCUGAGGAGACUCGCCUACGCGGUGCUGGUUUGCUGGAGGUUCCCUCGGUGCUCGCUACUCGGGUUUCUUCCACUCCACCUGCUGCACCGCCUCCUGCUCGCUCGAGUGCUCCGCCGCUCUUGCCCACUCCUUCUGGUGGCUCCGCUCGCCCCCGUUCACAUUGUGACUACUGCAAGAAUGAUGGUCAUAUUGAGUCCCAGUGCUACACCAAGAGGAAACACCUGCGCAAGGCGCGAUCAUCAGGGACUGCGUCAUCUCCCUCGCCAGCUUCAGCCAUUGCUUUGACCGAGCAGGAUAUUCUGAGACUUAAGCGUCUGCUCGCGGCUUCCGGUUCUUCCUCGACGGGUACUGCUGGUUCUGUGACUGAUGCUUCCCGCACUGAGCACCCGCCCUCUACACAGUCAGGAUCGUCGCACGCACACUCUGGUUGGGGCUGGCCCUCGCCGCCGUGAUUCUCAGGGUCUUUGGGAGUUGGACUGGCUUCAUGUUCCUUCCGCUGCCACCACCAUCGCCAGUUCCUCCGCUGCUGUCGCUUCUGUUACUGGUUCCUUCAAGCAGUGGCAUCAUCGACUUGGUCAUCUGUGUGGUUCUCGAUUAUCGUCUUUAGUUCGUCGAGGCCUUCUGGGGUCUGUCUCAGGAGAUGUCUCUUUAGAGUGUCAGGGUUGUCGUCUUGGCAAGCAGAUUCAGCUACCAUAUUCUCAUAGUGAGUCAGUGUCUCAGCGUCCUUUCGAUUUAGUCCAUUCUGAUGUAUGGGGUCCGGCUCCUUUCACUUCGAAAGGUGGUCAUAAAUACUAUAUUAUUUUCAUCGAUGAUUUUUCUCGUUACACAUGGCUUUAUUUUAUGACUUCCCGUAGUGAGGUGUUGUCUAUUUAUAAGCGUUUUGCUGCCAUGGUUCAUACUCAGUUCUCUUCACCCAUUCGUGUUUUUCGUGCUGACUCCGCUGGUGAGUAUAUCUCUAAGAUGUUGCGUGGUGUCCUUGCUGAGCAGGGUACUCUUGCCCAGUUCUCUUGUCCUGGUGCUCAUGCUCAGAAUGGUGUGUCUGAGCGCAAGCAUCGUCACCUUCUUGAGACGGCUCGUGCUAUGAUGAUCGCCGCCUCUCUUCCGCCUCAUUUUUGGGCCGAGGCUAUCUCCACUUCUGUCUAUCUCAUCAACCUUCAGCCAUCUGCUGCUUUGCAGGGUGGUGUUCCUUUUGAGCGUCUGUUUGAUCGCUCUCCCGAUUAUUCGAUGCUUCGCUUGUUUGGUUGUGUUUGCUAUGUUCUUCUUGCCCCUCGCGAACGCACCAAACUGACCGCUCAGUCUGUUGAGUGUGUCUUCUUAGGCUACAGUGAUGAGCAUAAGGGCUAUCGUUGUUGGGAUUCCGUCGGUCGUCGGAUGCGUAUCUCUCGAGAUGUGACUUUUGAUGAGUCUCGUCCUUUUUACCCACGACCAUCUUCCACGGUCUUUUCAGUGGAGGAUAUCUCUUUUCUCACUUUUCCUGACUCCCCUCUCCCUCCCGUCGCGCCUGUGCCUAUUCGUCCCACUCCCUCUGCUUCUCCAUCCCUCGUCGAUUCACCGCCACCAUCUUUCCCGGUCUCCUCACCUAGCAUGUCACCGGAUUCUACACCUUCCUCUCCAGUGACUUCUUCGUCGCCAUCCCCUGAUUCUACCUUGGCGAUUCCUCCUUCUCUUGUUCCAUCUCUUCCGCAGCAUUACACUCGUCGUUCCCGACCUGUGGAUGCUUCUUUGGAUGAGUCGUCCUCUUCUUCUCAGCCUACUUAUGGUUUGCGUUCUCGUCCUCGUCCGCCUAUUGAUCGCUUUGGAUUUCCCACCGCUGGUGCUGCUGUUCUUGAGCCGAGUUCUUACCGUCAGGCUGUUGUUCAUCCUGAAUGGCAGUUU